UUUAUUUUGUGUAUAGUGGUAUAAAUAUUCGUGAAAUGGAGAGCAUUUAGAUUAUUUAGAAAGUAUAAUAGUGGAAUGAAACUUCAGUUCCAGAUCGAGGCGAAGCCAUGCCCAAUCCUUACGUGGAAGAAAUUUUAGAAAAUCAAGACAAAGCCCAGCGCUCGGCCGAAGAGAAUUGCACCCUGCUCUACGGGGUUAACGUCAGGAAUAAAUACCAAGAGCCGUUCUAUAAUGAAACCACUCAAAGUUUCAUGUGCCCUCCAUUUUGGGAUAAAAUUUUAUGCUGGCCUUUUACUGCGACUGGCAAAAAUGCGACCAUCCCUUGCCCUUUGUACAUAACAGGCUUUAAAGAGGGGUACAAUGCGAUCAGAACCUGCACGGAAAACGGGACGUGGUUCAUGAACAAAGUGACCCAGGAACCUUGGGGAGAUUACACUGCUUGUUAUGAGGGUAGCACGGUGACGAUUUUCAAAAAUAUCAGCCAACCGAAAUCGGAACUUUUGGACAAAUACAAAACCUUAGUUCCGAUUAUCAAAGGGAUUUCCCAAACCGGCUACGCUGUGUCGCUAGUCUCUUUAACCAUAGCGUUUUUCAUUAUGUUGCUUAUACAGAAGCUUCAUUGUACGAGGAACAUCCUGCACAUGAAUUUGUUCGCCUCGUUUAUUUUCCGGGCGUUUUUCCACAUUUUGAAGGAGCUGCUGUUUGUGGAGGGCGUCGGUUUGCCCAUAGAUCUUAUCGGAAGAAACGGCGAAUUGUAUUUUAAAACCGACUUAGAGCAAAAUAACUACCAGUGCAAAUUAUUGACUUCCUUGGUGCAGUGUUUCACAUUAGCCAACUAUUCUUGGAUACUAAUGGAAGGCUUGUAUUUGAAUAAUUUAAUAUGGAGGGCUUUGUUCGCCGAUUCCAGCAGGAAUUUGAUGUAUUACAUAUGCUUCGGUUGGGGUUUACCUAUUUUGGUGAUUAUACCCUGGAUUAUAGCCAGAAUUUUCUUCGAUGAUACAAUGUGUUGGACUACGAACGAUAAUCUCAAAGCUUAUUUGAUCCUAAUUAUUCCUACGAUUGUUGCAGUACUGAUCAAUUUAGGACUUUUCGUGGUCAUUUCCAUCGUCCUUUACACGAAAUUGCGAUCUCCGAUUUGCGAGGACACCAAAAGGUACCAACGCUGGGCCAGAUCUACAUUAGUUUUGGUACCGCUUUUCGGUGUUCACUACGCCAUUUUUCUGAUCUUUUAUUUUACCGGGAGGUUCGACGUGUGGUUGAUAUGCGAUUCUCUUUUCGGCAGUUUCCAGGGUCUGUUUGUAGCAAUCCUCUACUGUUUUAUGAAUGGUGAAGUUCAAACUGAAUUAAAGCCGCUCUCUUUUAAUGUACUGAGCUAUUUCGCUACUCACAGGGUGUUUGGCAAGUGUUUUCCUUGCAAAGAAAAAUUCUUUAGAUCAGCUGUGGCAAGACACUCGGUGUCCACAACAUUGUCCUAUAGUUCAAUUUAUAUCAAUGGAUUUGGACAUAAGUCCGGUAAAUUUAAACAUGGCGAUAAGGGGAUGAGACAGUUUUCAUUAAAUGAAAAACGGCAUAGUUGCAGCGGAAAACCAGCUAUUCCUCAUAAAACUGGCCACAACAAAAGUAUUUCGACGCUACAAAAAGAUGGACAACAGGCUGAAACGUCGUUAAUUUGCAACGAGCCGAAGCAAGAAAAGUGCAAAAUCGGUUCCUGUAACACAGACGAAGAAAUUUGCAUGUUAUCAUUAAGAAAUUGUUAAAGUCAUUCCAUUACUUUACAUUACAGUUGUCAUAUCUAAAUGUUGUAAAUGUGAACCAACUAUUGGAAGAUUUGCGCGUAUUCUCCAAAAAAUUAUUAAUUUCACUCUUACAACUUAUUGUAACAUAGCUAACAUCACACAAACAAUUAGUGAAAUAAAUUCCAGAAAAAAAUAUUAUAAAUGGCCUCUACCUUUACACAUCUUUCGCCAACCUUCCUGUAUAGGCCUUGAUAGCAUAUUUUACAAUUACAUGUGUUAUAAAUGUGAUCCUAGUAUAAAUUUGAAUUGUAAUCGAUAUAAGAAAAUUAUUUUAGAUUAUUCAAAUUUUUUUGUCAAAAUAUUUCGAUAGCGAUUAAAUUUUGUACGAUAUUAAAUGAAACAGCAGGGUAUUGAAAUGUUUAUAUUUUUUAAAUCUACAUGUCCUAAUUAUAUAUUUGUCUACUUACGUGUCCAUAUAGUCGAUAUUUCCAAAAAAUGCUUAUAAUAAGUAUUUUGACAUGAUAUGUAUUUUUAAGUAAAAUUUUUUUGUACAUAAACGAUCAGUUUAAUAAAUUUUAUCUGA